AUGCUUUGCCUUUCUGCAGAGAUCCUGCAAGAGGACGCUUUCAAUAUAACACCUUCAGAGGAGAGAGAAACUAUUCCUGUUUUUUCUUCUGACUUUUACUCCAGUCUUGGGUUGGAAGACUUCCUCUCUGUAGGUGACAUUUCUGGAACAGAGGAGGAUACAGACUCAGCUAUUUUAUAUGGAACUUUGCGAGGAAGUGUUGUUGGAUUACGAUACUACACAGGGAUUGUUAAUAACAAUGAAAUGGUUGCACUUCAGAGGGAUCCUAAUAAUCCUUAUGAUAAAAAUGCAGUGAGAGUAAAUAAUGUGAAUGGAGACCAGGUAGGCCAUAUAAAAAAAGAACUGGCAGCAGCAUUGGCAGGCAUUAUGGACAGCAAGCUAGCAGUAGUUGAAGGGGUUGUCCCUUAUGGAGCAAAAAAUGUCUUUACCAUGCCUGUACAAAUGAGCUUUUGGGGAAGAGAAGAGAACAGGGAAGCAGUACUAGAUCAACUAAAAAGGCACGGGUUUAAAUUGUCUCCUCCUCUGAAAGUAGGUUCAGAAAGCAGGUUUGGAUCAAAAUGGAUUUCUGGGAGAGCUGGUCCAAGUUACAGUGCUCCGGUUCAUGCUGCUGUGCAGUUGACAACUGAACAGCUUAAAAGUGAAUUCGACAAAUUGUUUGAGGAUCUCAAGGAAGAUGAUAAAACUUGUGAAAUGGAAGGAGCAGAGACUGUUGGGACACUCUUGCUUCCCCAUCAGAAGCAGGCAUUAGCUUGGAUGGUUUCACGUGAAAACAGUAAUGAUUUGCCACCAUUUUGGGAAGAGAGAAGUGACUUCUAUUACAAUAUACUUACAAAUUUUGCAGAAAAGAAGCGACCUGAAAAUAUUCGUGGAGGAAUACUGGCAGAUGAUAUGGGACUGGGUAAAACACUUACUACUAUUGCAUUGAUUCUCACAAAUUUUCAAGAUGGCAAGCCUCUUCCUGUUGAAAGGAUCACAAAUGAUAAGUUUUGUGAGGAAUCUGGCACUAACAGUACGAACAGCGUUGGACACAGACUGUGUAAAGACUCUAACAGUGUGAUGGAGCCUGGUGUUUCUAAUGCAAAAAAGUUUGAAACUACUCCAUUGAAAUACUCAAGUUGUCUUCCAAAAAGCAAUAAAGCCAAGAAACCCAGGUAUUCAGGAAGUGGUUUAGGAGAGCCUGAAGAAUUGCUACUGCAACGAACAGAAUCAGCUUCCUGUGUCAUCCAAGAAGAUACAGGCUUUGCUUCUGCACUUCUAACUUCAUCUGCUUGUUUAAAAAGACAAAGAAAGAGAAAAGGUACCACUAGCAUUCAGUCUGUUCAGAGGAAAUAUUCUGAUGAUGGCUCCAGAGCAACACUGAUUGUAUGUCCACUCUCUGUCCUAAGCAAUUGGAUGGACCAAUUUGAACAACAUAUCCACCAAGACUUUAAUGUAAAUAUUUAUGUUUAUUACGGUUCUGACCGUAGCAAAGACCCAUCGGUUCUUUCAGAACAAGACAUUGUACUGACGACAUACAACAUCUUAGCUACUGAUUAUGGGAUCAGAGGUGGCAGCCCUUUACACAAAGUCAAGUGGCUGAGAAUUGUGUUGGAUGAGGGGCACACUAUACGAAAUCCAAAUGCUCAGCAAACUAAAGCUGUCUUAAAUCUGGAGGGACAGAGAAGAUGGGUACUUACAGGGACUCCUAUUCAGAAUUCUGUAAAGGAUUUAUGGUCUCUUAUUUCCUUCUUAAAAAUGAAACCUUUUACUGAUCGAGAGUGGUGGCACAGAACAAUUCAGCGUCCAGUCACAACGGGAACUCCAGGAGGACUUGGGCGUUUACAGUCUCUGAUUAGGAGUAUUACCCUUAGAAGAACUAAAACCAGUAAAGUUAAAGGAAAACCUGUUUUGGAGUUACCAGAACGUAAAGUGCUUAUUCAGCAUGUUACACUUACAGAGGAAGAGAGACAAGUCUACCAGUCUGUGAAGGAGGAGGGCAAGGCUGCUAUUAGCAGAUUUUUCAGUGAAGGGACUGUACUAGCUCACUAUGCUGACAUCCUUGGUGUCCUGCUCAGACUGAGGCAGCUUUGUUGUCAUCCUCAUCUUUGUGUAAAUACAUCUUCUAGUUUUUCAGCCGAUAAUAAAACUCCUGAAGAACUGCGUGAGACUUUAGUGAAAAAAAUGAAGUUGGUUCUGAGCUCUGGUUCAGAUGAAGAAUGUGCAGUUUGCUUGGAAUCACUGACUGUUCCUGUGAUAACACGCUGUGCACAUGUGUUUUGUAAGCCAUGUAUUUUUGAAGUCAUCAGAAGUGAGCAGCCAAAUGCCAAAUGCCCUCUCUGUAGGAAUAAGCUUCGGGUAGAGCACUUGGUGGAAUGUCCCCCAGAGGAAGAAAUAGACUCCAGUAAUGGAAAGAAGUCUGAUCAGGAGUGGAUAUCCAGUUCAAAGGUAAAUGCUCUCAUGCACGCUUUGAUAGAACUACGGAGGGAUAGUCCAAAUGCUAAAUGCCUGGUUGUUUCUCAGUUCACAACUUUCCUGUCCCUGAUAGAAAAUCCCUUGAAAGAAUCAGGGUUUGCCUUUACUCGUUUGGAUGGAUCAAUGGCACAGAAGAAAAGAGUAGAAGCAAUUCAGUGUUUCCAAAGCAGCCAAGCAGGAUCCCCAACUGUAAUGCUUUUGUCUCUGAAAGCAGGUGGAGUUGGAUUAAAUCUGACAGCAGCUUCCCGAGUGUUUUUAAUGGAUCCUGCUUGGAAUCCUGCUGCAGAAGACCAGUGUUUUGACAGGUGUCACAGGCUGGGUCAGAAGCAUGAUGUUGUUAUUACAAAGUUCAUUGUGAAGGAUUCAGUAGAAGAAAAUAUGAUGAAAAUUCAGAACAAGAAGAGGAAACUUGCAGCAGGAGCCUUUGCUACCAAAAAGCCUUCAGCAAGUGAAGUAAACCAAACCAAAAUUAAUGAAAUUAAAGCUCUAAUUGACUUAUAGCUCGAAACUGGUAUUUUGAGUAAAUAAUAUAUUUUAGUUAAUACUGCUCUUCAAGUUACGUGUUUCAUGCUAACUUUUAGUUUUGCUGUCUUUGUGGUCAAAACAUAAGUGCUUCAGAGAUUACAAAACCUAAUUUGCUCCUGAAUAUCAAUGUAAAAGUGCACAAACUUGUUUUGCAUUCCUGGAAUUUUUCCAGUGUUCAUUUGUUCGAAAUGUUGCUUAUUAUGUACAACAGUUAAGAAUAUGUAAAAUCACUCAAACCAGAAAUGCAUAUUAAUGCAUUCUAACUUGCAAGAAUUUAAUCUAUUUUUAGAGGUGAAAAGGUAACAAAAUGUAAAUAAUGUCUUUUGUCCUUCAGACAAAACCCUUAAGAAAUUAAUUAGCUUCAAGUUUCAAUCUUGGUGUUUCCUGAUACCCAAACAGAUCAUCUGGAUUAUUUGUUUCUGAAUAGGUGGUCAGUGAGUGCUUCAUAAGGAAUUCCUACUUCUGCAGAUUAUGUUCAAAGAUGGUAUUUAAUUCAGAAGUUUCAAGUUUUGGGUUGUUUUUCUGCAUAAUACACAGGUGCAGCAGGGAGUUCCUCUGUUUACUUCCCAGGAGCUAGUAAAAAUGAAGUACUUAAAUUUGUAACACACUUUCUUUUAAUAUUUUACUUCCCUUAAACGGAAUUCUACUGGUAAAGAAUAAAAAGCUAGAAUCAUAGGCUUGUAUUGAUAAUACACUUUCUAAUAACUUCUGUACACACUUUGAACAAUAUGGCUGUGCUACAUGCAAAGUAGAAUGUGACCCACUUGCUUGUCAGUGAAUCAGCCCCUGCACAACAAAACAAAUUUUUUCAAUAGCUGCCAGCUUUCUUGCACUUGCUAAGUGCUUUUCCAGUCCCAUACAUCUGUCUUAAUGGAAUGCUGAUCUGUGUGCAUCUUGAUUAUAGAGGAAGAAUUUGGUAGGCUAUGUUCUCAUGUACUGCAAAGUAAUAAACAGCACUGAAGAAUCUCAGUUGAAUAUUCCUGUCUGUUCCUUCUAUCUCUUUGCAUUUGAUUCUGGUCUGUUACAUGUUUUCUUAACUCUAUGCUGCCCUCCCUGUAAUGCUCAGACUUGGAAUUGGAGGCAGAGGUUGCUGUUUCAGUCCUGUUCAGAUUGAGGAAGUGUAUUUGGCAGCAAAGAAAUGGACUCUGAUUUGCUUCUAAUGCUUUUCACCUUUUCUUACAUCUUGGAAUACCAGCCAGCUGGUUAUAAGAUAAAUUGCAAACAUAGGAAAUGGAAAAGGACUGAGAACUAAAGGGAAGAUGUCUCAUGUUUGGAGAAACAGGGAGCCAAUGGAAGGAGUGAGAAGGUAAUUCAGAAUAUGUAACCUAACAAGCUGAUGGAGUUUUUGGGGAGCCAGCAUCUUAGCUAUGGAGAAAAGUGUGGUUUAGGUCUGUUGGAGAAAGAAUUAGAGACAUGCAUGAUGGAAGACAGCAUGAACCCCAGUAACUGGUGGUCACUGGAGAGUUGGCAGAAGAAUGAGAGAACAGAGCUACACCUGGACAAAAAUUUAAACUUCCUUUUAGGUUUUUGUGGUUCAGAUGCUGAUGUUUAGAGAUAAAGUGGAGAAAUAAUUCCUGAUUAUGAACAAGUUGGCUUUGUGUCAUUCUUUAAGUUAAAAUUCCAUGAAGAUUUCAGUAUCAGGGGCUAGUCAAGCUACAUUGUUACCUGUGUUAAAAUAUACUGACAUUUUGCAGAGUGGCUGAGUUAUGAUUACAAAAACAAUUACUAGUAUCAUGUUUUCCUAGAUGGUUUCUAUGUUCCAAAGCCAAAUAAACACUUAAUGGAGUCAGUACUAAGCUGUAUGGGUAGUUAAGGUCUCUCCCCCAAAAGCAGUUAAUAUGGACACAAACAGAAAAGGGUCAAAGCUGCAACCAGAAAGGUCCUGUCUGAGUUGGAGCUGUUUAGUUACUUAGGUGG